AUGUCUCAGAACAUCGCAUCCCGUCGCAUCCCAUUGCGGACACGUAGCACCGCCUCUUCCAUCGGUGCUCAGGCAAAAGAGAAUGCUGGCGUCACCUCAAGAAGCACUCGAUAUGAUCCCGCCGACGCUGGUCCGUCCAAGCCUUCCUCUACCGUGACUGCGGCCACCAAGGCAUCCGCUGCUUCUGGUGUUCUCGGAACUCGGAAGAGGGCUGCUCUCGGUGAUCUGACCAAUGCCAACCGCACGAGACCCACCAUGACUGGUAAUGGUGACAAGGGCAAAGCUGCUUUGAAGGAUGCUAUCAAGCCUCGUGCCACCACAUCUGCUACCACCUCAUCACGAUCAGCUGCCGUCGCUGCCACCACCUCCACUACCACCACCACUGGCGUUGGCGCUGCUCGUCGCGUUGUUCGUACCCGACCCACCACUACUACCUCCACUACUACCUCCACCACUGCCGGAGAUGCCGCUGCUGCUGCUGCUGCCGAUCAGCCCUUCCGCGCCUCCAGGCGCCUUGCCGGCACCACCACCACCGCUUCGAAAACGUCAGGUAUUCCUUCAGCGUCAUCACGGUCCAACUCCACCACUGCCGCCUUUGCCGCCGUUGCUGCUCGCAAGGGCACAAUGUCUCGCACCGCCUCUGGCAACUCGCAGACUGGUCUUCGACGCGAAGCUAGCACCACGUCCGUCGCCUCCACCACUGCUCCCAUCGCCUCAUCGCGAUCCACCAAACUCAACGAAGCGAUCGUCGACACCGGUGACAAGAUGGAAGCUCCUCAAGCCAAGCGUCUCAAGACCGAACAGAAGCCUCCCAAAGAUGAAGGAUGGGAGGACUUGGACGCCGAAGAUGCCGAAGACCCUCUCAUGGUCGCAGAGUAUGUCAACGACAUCUUCGAAUACAUGAAGGAGCUCGAGAUCAUCAACAUGCCCAACGGUGAUUACAUGUCUCUUCAGGAGGAGAUCAACUGGGAUGUACGAGCUAUCCUUAUCGACUGGCUUGUUGACGUCCAUACCAAGUUCCGUUUGCUCCCCGAGACUCUCUACCUUGCCGUCAACAUCAUCGACCGCUUCUUAUCAAGACGAACCAUAUCCUUGAGCAAGCUGCAAUUGGUGGGAGUCACCGCUAUGUUCAUUGCCAGCAAGUACGAAGAGGUGAUGUGCCCUUCUAUCAAGAACUUCUACCACAUUGCUGAUGGCGGUUAUACCGAUGUCGAGAUUCUUCGGGCAGAGAGGUAUGUUCUGAAGGUCCUUGACUUCAGCAUGUCCUAUGCCAAUCCUAUGAAUUUCUUGCGAAGGAUUAGUAAGGCGGACAACUACGACAUUCAGACCCGAACUGUUGCCAAGUACUUCAUGGAGAUCUCGUUGCUCGAUUACAGGCUGAUGGAGCAUCCACCUUCGCUAAUUGCUGCUGCUGCUGCUUGGCUGGCACGAGAGGUCUUGGAGAGGGGAGAAUGGACUCCUACCCUCGUACACUACUCUACUUACUCAGAGCAAGAGUUGUUGGGUACUGCCGAGAUCAUGUUGGACUACUGCUUGAGGCCUAUCACCCAUCAGUUCUUCCACAAGAAGUAUGCGCAUAAGAAGUUCAUGCGCGCUUCUACCUACGUCGUUGAUUGGGCACGCAAGUCGUUCCCCGAAGGCGUUGUGGGUGUUGACGAGCAGCAGGAUCUCAAUGUUCUCCGUGUCGACCUUUACGAUCGUAAAGGAGUUGAGCGUCCAGAACAGUCGGUGGUCAGCACUUCAUCCGGAGCCAACACCCCCGCUCCCGCCGCUGCAGGGUUCGACGCCAAGCCAAGCCAAAACGAAGACGUCGACGCCGACGAGACCUACGACUAUCCUCAAGAAGAUGAUGAGGAGCAGGAGGAGGAUGAAGGCGAAACAGAGGAGCUCGACGAGGAGGAACUUUUGGAUGAGGUCAAGGCAGGCGCAGCACAGAGGAGACAAGAUACCCGACAGGUGUUGAGGGAUGUUACCAACGCCUAUGAAGCCACAGAGACUUUUUAG